AUGGCUCCUCUUCCUACUUUAGCUACUUUCUCAGCUCCUCCUUUGCGUUUCCCUCCUCCUUCUCCGAGUUCCUCUCCCCGUUCUUCGAGCAGCAUGGGCAUGAGGGUCAAGACGAAAACCAGAUUCAACGUGAAACUGACUGUCCAGUGCAAGAAACAGGAGGAAGAAAAGUCGAUGGGGAAUGCAAAACUGAUCGAUGAAGCAUCGGCAGUCUUCGACAAAUGCCAGGAAAUGGCUGAAACGGGAGAAUGGACAGAAGAUGAAAUCGCAGGAGUGGUGGCCCGUUGGUUCAUGGAGAAAGACAAGAUGAAGCCGAAAGAUCUCAUGAAGAUGACUGAAGCGGACUUCGUUGAAGCGGUGAUGAAGCGCUUUGAUUAA